AUGACGGAUAUAAGUAGAAACUACAAAUGGAACUUUCGGACUGGGAAGAAGUCCAAAAAAGUGUUAGAAGUGCCACCAGAUGUGGAAACUACCUAUAACAGUAUACAUAGCAACACAAUGAAUGUGGAAAAUAACACCAAUGAGUUUACCUUCAUUGGCUUCUCCAGCCCUCCAUUGAUGAAGUUUUGGUUAACGCCUGCACUUCUAUUUGCCUAUGGUUUUACCAUUAUAGAAAAUAUUUUUCUGAUUGCUGUAGUAAGAGUAGAUAAGUAUCUACAGACGCCCAUGUAUUUCUUUCUUGGACAUUUUUCAUUUCUGGAAUGUUGGUAUACUACUGUAAUUAUACCCAAAACACUGUACAAUCUAAUAACAAAUAUGACAACUGUUAUGUUCUCAACCUGUAUUUUACAAAUGUAUUUGUUCCUUUCUUUGGGGGCAACUGAGUGUCUGCUUUUAGCAGCUAUGGCUUAUGAUCGUUAUAUUGCCAUUUGUUACCCCCUUCACUAUUCAAUAAUGAUCAGCCAUCAUUUGUGUCUGUUGCUAGUUUGCCUCUCAUGGUUAGGGGGGUUUAUUGCUGCUGUUGUACCAGUUAUUCUAAUAUCCAAAAUACAUUUUUGUAGCUUUAGGAUCAAUCACUUCUUCUGUGAUUUCCCACCUAUGAUGCAGCUGUCUUGCUUUAGAAGAAUAUACAUUGAGUUAACGGUAUCUUUUAUUUCAUCAACAGUUAUGAUGAGCUCUUUCACUGUUAUUCUUUUUUCAUACAUUAAAAUUAUAAUUACUAUAUUUUUUAUUCCUUCAAACAGAGGUUUGCACAAAACUUUUUCUACAUGUGCUUCUCAUCUUGCAGUGGUCUCCAUUUAUUAUGCAUCUGGUGCUUUCAUGUAUGCUCGGCCAAAUGCACAAAAAACUGUGGAAACAAAUAAACUGGUGGCAUUAUUUUAUUCUGUAAUAACUCCAAUGCUAAACCCCAUAAUCUACAGCUUUAGGAACAGUAAUGUCUUGCAGGCUAUGAGGCGGUUUCUACAUAUUAAAAAGAUUAUUGUGUAACAGGAAACUAAUAUUGCUGAUGCAAAUUCUGCAUUCCAUUGGCAUCCGUAAUCAGGCGGCAUCUUGGAUCUUUUCUUACUUCUCUAACCGAUCCUUCAUUGUUUCUUAUGCUAACAAAACCUCAUCUCCAGUUCCACUUAAUGUAGAGGUACCACAAGGAUCUGUACUUGGGCUGUUGU